AUGGCUCAAGACGUCGGCAUCAAAGCCAUCGAGAUCUACUUUCCUAGUCACUAUGUGGCACAAUCGGAGCUGGAGACCUUCCUGGGUGCUAGUUCUGGAAAAUAUACCAUUGGACUUGGCCAGACAAAGAUGGGCUUUUGCGAUGACCGCGAAGACAUCUACUCUCUUGCAUUGACGACUGUUUCUUCCCUCCUACGAAAGUAUUCGAUUGACCCCAAUACCAUUGGGCGCCUUGAAGUAGGGACAGAAUCUAUUCUGGAUAAAGCAAAGUCUUGCAAGUCUGUCCUCAUGCAGCUUUUCGGAGAAAACUCCGAUAUUGAGAGAGUGGACACCUACAACGCUUGCUAG